AUGUCUUCGUCUGGUGCAUCGCCGCCAAAGCGUGGAAGGCCAAGAGAUGAGAUAGGAUUUGUGCGCAUAAAAUUAAAGAAGGACGUACAUGAGAUGUGGAUUACGAGAAAAGAUUCUAUUGGAUUCUCAACGAAGACACAUAGUGAUUUUGCACGGCACUUGCUUCUGAAUUUUUGCGAAGACGAGCCUUUGCAAUCAAUGGAAUCUCCAGGCGAUGGUAAAUACUACAUAUUUGUUAUUUAAUAAUGCAAUUAAUUUCUUUAUAUUUUAAAAUGAUUUGUUAUCUACGUCCUAUAUGAUCAUAUAUUUUGUAUAUUACACUUCAGAUCGACCCUUGCCAUAUGUUCUGUCUUCAACACCUGUUGGUAAAGGCAAACCUGAUCGAAAUUUGUGUUUGUCACCCAUUGUCCAUGAGACUGACAAUGACAUGUGAGUGUUGAAAAUAAUAGAACGUAAGAAAUACGGUGGAUAUUAUCCUUUAAAUGCUUUAAUAGUAGUGCCUUGUUGCCGAACAUGAUGUCACAUUAUUAAUGUGUUCUUCCUUGACCUUGAAUAACAGAAUAAGCCAGUAAGGGGCUGUUUAUAUCGAAGCCAGGCUGAUCGGCCAGGUAAGCAGGAUAAAUGUCUCUUCUGUUUAUAUGAGAAACUUUUAUACUGCUUGCCAGGAAAAUUUUUUUUUGACAGUUAAAAAUAGCUUGCAGCGGCAUCUUUGAACUGUCAUCCCUGCAACCGGGCCAGCUUGUUUGUUCGUGUUUAGAUAGAGAAAUCUUUAUUCUGGCAAGUGACAUCUCACCUCUUUCAAAUGGUAAUUUUUACUAUAAAAAUAACUGCACAGUGAGAUCUCACCACAGUAUAGGGAGACGACCAGUAGCGCUACUUAGGAAAGAAAAGUGGGAAUUAUUUAAGCUAGGUCCCAGGUGUCUUACACAGCCAAAAUCAUUAUUCUGUAAUACAAUUUUAUAGUGAACUGCUGCCGUUGGCUGCUAAUAUGUAAAUUAGGUUGGCAGCCAGUAAACAAUGUGGACACUUUUUUACGCUGAGUGGCCCUACUGUAGUUUUCCUAUACUGCGAUCUCGUUUACCAGGCUGUCUCCUGACUAAGAAGGCCAACCCGGUUCCAUACAAAGUCUUGAGUUAUAUAGCAACUGGUAUAUUGUAUCUUAUCUAUUUUGUUCUUUAUUAUCGUUUGGCUCAUUUUGGCUAUUUCACAUAGUUGGACGUGCUCCUGUCAUGAGAGCUACUACUAAAAUGAAACCAGGUUUACUGGAAAUCAGGGUUAGUGUAAUUUACUUUCCCAAACAGAGCCAUGGAUGUUGCACCUAUAUCUGCUAGUCUUGAUGUGAGCAGAAUUGAGAGUCUUUCCAUAUCUGUCAAUCCUGAAUUUGGAUUAUACCAUGAAGACCCUUCAUUCGAGAGUGAUAGCACAAGUUCGGAAUCAGAUCAUGAUACAAGGUAAUUAUUACUUGCAUAGUUGUAUUCACAAUUUAGUUAAUAAGUAGCAGCAUCUUUUGAGUUUUGAUGGCAAAUCAAAUAGUAUGCAAUGAGUCAUCUGAUAAAAAAAUCCACACUUCCCAACACUUUCCCAUUCCCCCUUUGGGAUGUUCUAGUACAUUUUAUUAACCAAAAAGGAUUCCUCAUUUCCUAUCAUCCUCUACUGGAUUCUAAAAAUUUUCUUUUACCUUUUCCCAAAUAUUUAUUCACUUUUACAUGUAAACCUUUUAUUAAUAGUUCCUGUGAUUCAAGUGAAUAUGAUAGUGGAUCUGAAGAUGGCCAGUGCAUUUAUGAUGUUCAAGGGUAAGAGAGAACUAUCAGAUCACUUGUAACAUCUUCACUGAAAUCCACUUCCUAGUUUCUACUGUACUGAUUGUGAACAUGACCUUCAUUUCCCAUAUUUAUAGUAACAAUGAACACCUCUCCAUUUGGUAUUAUGUACAGUACUCUUAUAAACCUUUUGUUUGUUUGAUGUUCAAAUAUUGUCUGUUUUAUAGAUUUGCAGAAGAGUAUGAUCCUGAAGCAACACUAAGUGCCAUAGAAGAUGAAGAGUGUGAUCCUGAAGCAACAUUAAGUUCAACGGAAGAUGACAUGCUUGACACAACUCUUAAUAUUACAAGAGGAGAAGAAGAUAUGGAUGUUAGUAGUUUAGAAGAUGAUAACGACAAGCCUCAAAAAGCUGAAUCACUUCAAGAAAGAAAUGAAAGGCUGGCAGAAGAAAUGCAGAAUGCAUUUAAUGUCCUGGCUGGUUUAGGUAACCAUAACAAAAUGUGCAGUGAGCAUUUUCGGAGAGAUCGUGUUGUCGUUGAUGUGCCUUUGUUAUUGAAAGUAUUUAACAGUGGUUGCCAAUGCUUAUCUUGUUCGGGAACAAGUCAAGUGGAAAAUACUAAAAUGGAAGGUGGUGUUUUGACAAUAUCAUGGAAGUGUUCUGAAGGUCAUCUUGGAUGUUGGACAUCUUCCAAAGUACUGUGUCAGAAAAAUGGUCAAAAUGUACAUACAAAUACGUUGUUGAUGGCAGCUGGCAUUUUCAUAUCUGGAAACAAUUAUGACAAAUUGGCUUUAUUUUGUCGAUUUUUGGGGCUUGGACUAGUAGGCCUAUCAAAGGCAACUUAUAACAGGAUGCAAACACAUUUUAUUAUUCCUGAGGUUAAGAGAUAUUGGGAGCAAAUGAAGGAUGAAUUGUGGGAUAUUUUGUCAAGUGAAUCUGUUGUCUUGUGUGUUGAUGGGCGGAAUGAUUCCCCAGGACAUAGUUCAAAGUACUGCAUGUAUGCUUUGAUGGAGCAGCAUCUUGAUGUUAUUGUUGACGUAGAAGUGGUGGACAAACGUCAAACAGGAGGUAUCUCAACAAAUAUGGAAGUCUUCGGUUUGAGGAAAAUACUUGAAAGAAUGGUUGGUGAAAUUGUUGUUUCUGAAAUGGUUACAGAUGCUUCAGCUGCAGUUAUUGCAUUGGUUCGAAAGGUGAAAGGUAACACAUCUCAAUGUUAUGGCAUUUUCAUUUAGAUUUGACAGAUAUAUUAGUGGGUCAUUCGGGAAAAGAUUUGCAGUCUAUAAAGUUCAUAAUUAAUGUUAUUAUCAAGAAUACUGAUUUACAAAACUAUUAUAUAUAUAUAUAUAUAUAUAUAUAUAUAUAUAUAUAUAUAUAUAUAUAUAUAUAUAUAUAUAUAUAUUCUUUUUAAAUGUUUAGAACCAAUGAGUAUAUUUUUAACAAAAUACAAAACAAGUGAAACUCGAAGUUUCACUUGUUUUGUAUAUUCUCCUUAUCAUAUUACCAGUGAUGUUUUCCAGGGGGAACGCGGGGGAACGCCGUCCCCCACCUUUUUUACCAGGGGAACGGCGUCCCCCCUACCAAAAUAAAACGUGGGGGAACGCCGUUCCCCCUGGCAGGGAUUAAAUAUGAGUGAAGUUCAGUGAACACCGCUUGACACCAUCCAAAUAACUUUGGCAUCACUUGUUCUACAUACGUGUUAUUUUUGGCAAUAAUUGCUCAGCGUCCUACGUAGACAUAUUUCAGAACGUAAUUGUGUCACUAUUUUAAUGUCCCUGAAACUUGAUAUACUUGCAUAAAAUUCUAGCAGACUAGCACAAAAAUACGAGAGUCUGAUAAUUGACGUCCGCUUAGAUAAGUACUUACCAGUCAUAAGCGCAGUUAACGUCUCUCGCGCAAUCGCGAAAUUGAACAUUCAAAUGAACAAUAAAAUGAUCAAUGGGGACAUAAAAUUAUUCAAUAAGAAUAUUAACAUGAUUGAAUGGAUAGGAUAAAAGUAUAGCUAUCAUCUAAGCUUAUUUAGUUACUCGCGGAAACGUCAUAUUCAACUUGCAAAGUUACCAGUUUGCCGAAUUACUCGCAUAGCACUAAUUGCAUCAUCGAAAUUCGAAAGUCAACGUGGUUUUAUUUGCUUUUAGACAUCUACCACGUGCAAGCUAGGUGUUUGCUAGGUACAUGUUGUAAUAAAUCCACUCCAAAUAUUAAGCUAUUGCGUAUGUACUUGUUCACUGUGACUAUGCAUAAAGCCACGCCCAAUCGAGUGACCACGCCCAUUUGAUUUUCAAGACCGUCCCCCCACUUCUAAAAUUAGCAAAACAUCGCUGCAUAUUACCAAGUGAACAAUAACACAACAGCCUGUUUCAUCCAAGAGGAAUCAUCAGAAGCUGCCACCUGAUGAUUCCUCUUGGCUUCAGGCUGUUGUGGUAUAGAACUGAGGUAUAAAACUACAUAUCUACUCUUUUUUAUAUGAAGCACUCUAUAUAGGAGUGUUUUGGUUCACAAAAUGCCAAAGAGUGCGCAAUAUCAUAAAGAUAAAGCAGAUAAUGUACUUUUUAUCUCAAAUAAUAUAUGUAUUAUUUUUUUUAAUUUGCCAGAGAAGCAUCUCAAAGAGUUUGGCGAUCUUUUUCAUGCACUAGAUGUCUGGCACAAAUCUAUCAAACUAUCAAAGAAACUUGCCAAG